AUGUUUUUAUUCUUUUCUCUCUUGCAGAAUAUCUUAAUCAAAAUAGAAGAGGAUGAUGUCUACACUGCCAUUGUAGCAGACUUUGGUCUGGCAGCAAAAAUUCCUGAUCCUCUAGACAAAACACAACUUCCCAUUGUAGGCUCACCUUAUUGGAUGGGCCCAGAAGUGCUGAAAGGUCUACCUUACAAUGAAAAAUUUCUAAAAUUCUGUGUAAAUUCUUUUAUCCUUUCUUUCUUCUCUUUGUUGCCCUUCCCUCCUCUAUCUUUACCUCUGUCAUUCUCUCUCUUUCUCUCUCUCCCUUUCUGUUAUUAUCUCUCUCUCUGUUAUUAUCUUUCUCUCUCCCUUUCUGUUAUUAUCUCUCUCUCCCUUUCUGUUAUUAUCUCUCUCUCCCUUUCUGUUAUUAUCUCUCUCUCCCUUUUUGUUAUUAUCUCUCUCCCCCUUUCUGUUAUCUUUGUAUCUCACUCUUCCUCUUUCUCUGUUUCUCUCUCUCUUUGUCUCUCCCUCUGUUACUAUCUCUCUCUCUCUUUCUGUUACUAUCCCUCUGUCACCCUCUUUCUUUCUGUUACUAUCUCUCUCUCUCUUUGUCUCUCCCUCUGUCACCCUCUCACUCUUCCUCUUUCUUCUCUCUUUUUAUAUCCUCUUUUUUUUCUGUUUCUUCUUUUCUGUUUUACUUUCUCACUCUCUCUUCUGUUUUGA